AUGGCCGACACACCAAAGUAUCAUCCUGCUUUGACCAUCACAAAUGUAAAGUCCCUCAUUCCCAUUACAUUAGAUGUGGAGCACGGCAUGUAUCACUCUUGGGCGGCCUUAUUCAAGGUACUUGUUAGAGUUCAUGAUCUGCACCACCACAUCAUCCCUCCUACGGAUGAAACGGAGGUUGCCGCGUAUGCCGCCUCGAAAGCCGCUGACCCAGCCUUAUGGAAGCGUCUCGAUGCGGCAGUCCUUCAAUGGAUAUACGGGACUAUAUCCAUGGAUCUUCUUCAAGCUAUUCUACUAAAAAAUGACACUGCCCAUGGUGCGUGGGCUCGUCUCGAAUCCAUGUUUCAGGAUAACAAGGUUUCCCGCGCUACUCAUCUUGAAGAUGAACUUGCUGCUCUUGAUUUUGAGAACUUUUCCUCCCUUGAUCACUAUUGUAAUCACAUCAAGUCGUUAGCCGAUCGACUUGCCGAUGUUGAUGCCCCUCUCUCAAACUCACGGUUAGUUCUCAAGCUUACCGUUGGCUUACCUGAAGCCUACGCCGGGACGGUGGAUUUUAUACAAAAUCAGGAACCCUUGCCUUCCUUUGAGAGUUGUCGCUCUCGACUUAAACUCGCUGAACGUACCAUUAAAAAUCGUUUGGCAAAGGAAGGAGGUUUGGGCACCCGUUCUAACACCACCCUCAUCACCAGCUCCGGCGGCCACAGUCCGGACCGCACCACUGCUCCCGUAUCAUCUUCAGGCCAGCCUUCCAAAAAUGGUAAGUCCAAAAAGUCUAACUCUAAGCCUCCUGGAAAAGGGCGCCAUAAUGCUGGGCAGGGAGUUCAAAAUCCACCUGGGCCCAAUUCUCUAAAUUGGCACCAGCAACAUUGGGCCUCUUGGGCUCCGUGGCUUCAUCAGUGGCCCACGCCACCCCCAUGUCCCUAUCCUGCUGCUUCUUGGGCUCCACGGCCUGCUGUGCAGCAUGCUAGCUCUAGGCCUACUGGACCGGGUCUCUUAGGUCCUCGUCCGCAAGCUUAUAAUGCCGUGGCUCCAUCUUACAACUAUACUCCCACUGACAUUGAAGCCGCGAUGAAUGCUCUCACUGUUUCUCAACCAGACGGAAAUUAUUACAUGGACACUGGUGCUACAUCUCAUAUGACUGCGGACCCAGACGGGGGCCAGACUAAUGAGAUGUGA